AUGGAUAAAGAAGAAGAUAGCACUUUUUUUCAAGAUCAUCAUCACGCAGAAGACUUAAGUGCAAAAAUGGCUCGGAAGUCGAAACCAAUUCCACCUCCAUUGAAUUUGACUGCAAUGGGAGAAUCAGAAACUUCACCGAGCCCACUCAGAGAUUUUGCUACGGUCACGACCAGCCCAAAAAGUCCUUUAGUUCAAAAAAACCUUCCGUUUCGAAAAAGUUAUUCAAGCACUCAAACCAGCUCAGAAUGUGAUAGUCCGGAAUCACCGAGAAUACCAGCAAGUCCCAUUACAAAAGAACCAACAGCUCCAUCCCCAUCGUUAGGUUUACAAAUGAAAUCACCUCUUUCAUCUCCUACAUCACAUUUCUUUAACAAAAGAUUUCUUCAAGAACCGAUAAAAUCUCUAUUACCUUCUCCAAACACUUCUGCAUCUUUUUUUAAUAACGAAUGUGAUCCAAUAAAAAGUCCAAUGGCUUGUCAUUCUCUGUUUCGGCCAUCGUCUGAUCUCUUACCCAUACCCGCGAUGGAAAAAAAUUCAAUGAAAAGUCCACUUCAAACACCCACAAGAUCUGUCUUCCUUCAAAGUCACGUUGAUUCAACAUUAUUCGACGUGGAAAAAUUUCCAAUGAAAAGUCCAUUAAACACUCCAACCCGACCGGGAUUUCUUCCACCUCAAGACUUUUUUAUCAUGCCCGAACCGAUAUCAAUAAAAACGGAGCCGAUCGAGCAAAAUGAAAAUGAAAAGAUAAAAACGGAGGAAACAAAAUCGGAUUUUAAUAAAUUCAAAGGGAUUUAA